AUGUCCGCAAUACAACAACAACAACAUAAAUCUGUUGCAACUAGUUAUACCGCAAAUAUGACUCCUGGUGAUACAACAGGUAUCCCUAAUCUUAAACCAGUAACUGUUAAGAAUGAAGUUCCAAAUACUCCGUCAUCCUUAGACAUAUUGAAUCUUAAUGGCAAGAAUCAAAGGCUUGAUCUUGGUUCGAUGAUUGAAGAAUUUAUUGAAUUAUUAGGGAAAGAUAAUUGGAUUAAAUAUUCUCAACUUAUUAGCCGAUUUAUUCUAGGAAAGUUAUCAAGAAAAGAAUUGAGCCGUGAAUUUGAUUCAUUAUUUGGACCUCCACCAAGCAUUCAAAGAAAUCAAUCAACUAAUUUGUCAUUCUCAUUGGCAAAACCUUUAGAUGAUUCGCAAUCUGAUAUUAAUAAUACAAAUGAAAAUACACAGCUUACAAACAGCCUGCUGCGACCUAAAUUAAUUAGAUUACAUAAUCAAUUGUUGCUAGGUAUUUUCACUAAUACUUUAAGAGACUCUCCACUAGGUGCAUCGGAUAAAUCAUGGGGAUUCGGCUCAAGUAUGGGUAAUAAAGGCCUCAAACGUGUUAAUAAACAUAAUUCACAAAUCGAAACAUACAAGAAAAUUGUCAUGUCUUUACCUUUAUCUGAUAGAGCAAGAUUAAAGACAAUUACUAAAGAAGCAGGGAAGCGUGGGUUUAUUUAUUGUUCAGUAUUACAAGAUAGAUUGACUAAUAUACCGAAGAUACCUAUUGUAACAAAUCAAGAAACAUUAAAACGGGUUAAAGCAAAUAAUCUGAAGACUCCUUUAGAAUGGUCCCAAGAUAUCAUGAAUGGUUUCAAUGCACCUUUAGCAACUGACAAUUAUUCUCUACCUGAUACGGAUAGUCUAUAUUUAAAGAUGACUGGUAUUGCCAGAGAACAUGGUUUAGUAGGAAGUGUAGAUACAAGAUGUGUGGAUAUGAUGUCACUUGCCCUCGAUCACUAUUUAAAGAAAGUUGUGGAACUCGGUAUUGAUUCGUUAAGAUAUAGAACGAAAAAAUAUUCAGAUUAUUAUGAUUUAAAUGAGGAUGGUAUUUUUUCUUCAGUUACCGACAAAAAUAAUGAUGAUAAUUUCCUAACGAACAAUAUUCCAGGAUUACCUACAGUAAUACCCAACGACAUUAAUAGUAGUAAAAAUAAUAACACCGAGAGCAAAGAUGAGGAAGAUUAUGACAAGAUGGAUAUAGAUACAGAGGCUGAAAUUAAGGCAGAAACAUCUACUGAUGACACAAAUCAAGAUGAUAUAAAGCCGAAGAUGUCUUUGACCAAUGAGGACAUUUAUAAUGCACUUUCUGUGUUCCCAAAUAUAAUGAAAUCAUCAACAAGUGCUUUUUACAAUAUUUCUAAUAACGGUUUGAGAAAUGAUGAUGAUUUGGUUAUAAUGAAGAGUGCGAUUGAUGACAUGCCAGAGUUUACUAGUGAGAAACCAAUGUUUACUCCGAUAGAUGAGAGGAAUGUUGGUACUAGAGAAGAAUUGAAUUGGUUAAUCAAGGAUAUUUUAACUGAAAAAUAA